UUUGAAACAAAGUAUUUGAAACUUUGAGACACGGAUUGGACUUUGAAUUGAUAGAUAAGUGGAAAGCGCGAUAAAAAGCGCCGAAAAGCGUCCCAAAAGUUCACUUUUGUCUUCACAACCAUUGAGUGAACGUUAACUCAGUUUUCAUUUCAGAGCAGCGAUGAGUGAAUUCACGGGAAAAUACAAACUCGAAAAGAGCGACAAUUUCGACAACUUUCUCAAGGAGUUGGCCCUUCUAACGGCCCUUCCCUCCCUCCCAGGCGUCAACUUCAUGUUGCGAAAGUUGGCGAACUCGACGUCACCGACGCUGGAGAUCACGCGAAACGGCGACGAAUUCGUGUUCAAAACCGUCUCAACGGUCAAGACCUCGACGAUGACCUUCACUUUGGGCAAA